AUUCACCUUUUAGAAGGGCGCGUAUUAAUAAGAACACUCUUGGGUUGUAGCUAACAGCUAGCCUGCACUGCACUGCACUGUACUGGCUGAGCCUGAUCAUGUACAAUACACUAGUGAGGCAAGAACAUGCUCACGAGGAUGGUGUGUGGGGGUUAGCCUGGAGCAAGCACUCUCACACAGGAGUGGAGACACUGGUGAGUGGGUCAGUUGACAGCAAGGUAAAGGCGUGGUCAUGGGACACCAAUUCAGACUCUCUGGUGGCCAAGUGGACGGCAGACGGCCAUCAACUUGGAGUGGUGUCAGUGGCCAUUGACCCUAGCGGGGAAGUUGCUGCCAGCAGUGGUCUGGAUGGAUGUAUCAAACUGUGGGAGUUAGAGACUGGGAAGCUGCUGAAGAGUAUCGAUGGAGGACCAGUUGAUGUUUGGACUCUUGCCUUCUCUGCUGACUCUUGCCAGCUUGCGACUGGUAGCCAUGAUGGCAAGAUCAACUUGUUUAAUGUGAAGGAGGGUAAGAAACAGAGUGCCCUCGACACUAGGGGCAAGUUCAUCAUGAGCAUUGCCUAUAGUCGUAAUGGCAAGUUGAUCGCUUCUGGGGCCAUAGAUGGGAUUAUCAACUUCUUCGACGUCAAAACAGAGAGACUGCUACAUACUUUAGAAGGUCACGCCAUGCCCGUCCGGUCUCUGUGCUUCUCUUAUGACUCCAGGCUGCUGGUCACUGCUUCUGAUGACAGAGAUAUGAAGAUAUAUGAUGUUGAGCAUGCCAUACUGGCUGGGACAUUGUCUGGACACAGCUCGUGGGUUCUGAGUGUGGCAUUCUCACCCGAUGAUAAACACUUUGUAACUGGCUCCAGUGACAAAACAGUUAAAGUGUGGGACUCCAGUACCAGGCAGUGCUGCCACACCUUCAAAGAGCACGGCGACCAGGUGUGGAGUGUGUGCUACAAUGUCAAUGGAACUAAGAUAGCUUCAGUCUCAGACGAUAAAGCACUGUAUGUGUAUGGCUGUCCUCAUGAAUAAACCGUCACGUUGUACGUAUAAUUACCGUAUAUACAUGUAUGUUGGAACACCAA